AUGGCCAACCAGUCUGACCUUCAACAGCAAUUCCCUGUCGAAUCACAGGCUCAGGAAACCUCUGUGUGCUCCCUGCUCGGUGUGGCCACGGCGCAAUUUCCCCCAACGCCUGAGGGGGUAACCGUCGUCAAGUCGAAGCUACAUGAGAAUGUGUCCAUGUCAUUCAAAGAGCCCAAAAUAUGUGAAACAACACCUGGUGUCCGGUCGUAUUCGGGUUAUGUUCAUCUCCCACCCGGCUUCCUUGACGACGAUACAGGGGACAAACAAGACUACCCAAUGAACACGUUUUUCUGGUUCUUUGAAGCGCGCAAAGACCCCAAGAACGCGCCCCUCGCCAUCUGGCUCAAUGGCGGUCCCGGCGGCUCCUCCUUCAUGGGACUUCUCGAGGAACUGGGCCCCUGUUUCGUGGCCUCUGAUUCCAAAACCACCAUCUUGAACCCCUGGAGUUGGAACAACGAGGUUAACCUCUUGUUUCUCGAUCAGCCCAUGCAGGUUGGCUUCUCCUACGACGUCGCCACUAACGGCACCUUAGCCAUGGACUACGACGCGGUGGAAACUACAAUCGUGCCUGGGGACUUCUCAGUGGACAUCCCGGAGUCUAACUUCACACACCGUGUUGGUACUUUUGCGAGCCAGGAGCUCUCUCAAACGGCCAAUAGCAGUGCGCUUGCGGCUCAUGCUCUGUGGCAUUUCGCCCAAACAUGGUUCUUUGAGUUUCCGCAUUAUAAGCCUGUCGAUGAUCGGAUUUCUCUCUGGACUGAGAGCUAUGGAGGUCACUAUGGUCCGGCGAUCUUCGGUUUUUUUCAAGAACAGAACGAGCGGAUUGGGAAGGGGACUGCCGAAAAGGGCGCACAGUAUUUGCAUCUCGAUACGCUGGGGAUUGUGAAUGGUCUUAUUGAUGCUGUGGUCCAGGGGGAAUCUUAUAUUACCAUCGGGUAUAAUAACACGUAUGGCCUGCAAAUAUUCAAUCAGUCUUUUUAUGAUUCAUUGAUGCAUGAAUGGGCACGUCCAGGGGGGUGUCGCGACAGAGCGAUAGCCUGCCAAGCAGCCUUGAAGGACCGGGACCUUACUUCCGGGAAAAGAAAUAUAUCCGAGAUAUGUAAAAACAUUGAUUUAGACUGCGAGGGAGGGGGUACUGCUCAAUACCAACAACUAGACCGCAGUUGGUAUGACAUUGCACAUCCCAAAAAUGACCCCUUUCCAGCUCACCAUAUGCUCGGCUACUUAACCCAAGAGUCCGUGCUAAAAGCCCUCGGCGUCCCUGUCAACUUCACCGAAGCUGCCCCAGUGGUCCACAAACAGUUUGACAAGACCUACGACAUCACCCGCGGCGGAUUCCUCGACUCGAUAGCCCACCUCCUCGACAGCGGCGUCAAGGUACACAUGAUGUACGGCGACCGCGACUACGCCUGUAACUGGAUCGGCGGCGAGAAAGCCAGCCUCGCAGUACCGUACUCGCGGGCCGCAGAGUUCGCAAACACCGGGUAUACUCCAUUAGUGACGUCCGAAGGCAUCAAGGGUAUGACACGUCAACUAGGUAAUUAUAGCUUCACGCGCGUCUACCAGGCUGGUCAUGAAGUGCCGGCUUAUCAGCCGGUUGCGGCGUAUGAGAUCUUCAUGCGUGCUACGCUGGAUCGGGAUAUUCCUACUGGAGAGAUAGGUAUUACGGGGGAGUUUAAGACGAGUGGACCGAAGGAUACUUGGCAUAUUAAGAAUGUUGCUCCAGAGAUGCCGGAGCCGAGGUGCUAUGUUUUGAACCCUGGGACGUGUCUUCCGGAGGUUUGGGAGAGGGUUGUGGCUGGGAAUGUUACUGUGAAGGAUUUCUUUGUGGUGGAGGAUGAUACUGAUGAUGGGAUGGUUGGUUGGCCUCAGGAUAGUAGCCAGGUUGUUCUUGGUGGGAUGUGA